AUGGAUACGCCCAAAAGAUCCCAACCCGAAAACCCUAUCGCCACAUGCGCCACCAUGCUCUCCCUCCGCCACUUCUCCGCUUUGCGCGACUUCGCAAGCCGCCUCCCGAGCUCCGACUGUGUCGCCAGAAUCAUCGCCAUCGCCGACGUCCUCUCCGCCGCUGAUUUCUACUCCGUCCUUAAGCUCCGCCGCGAUGACGCCGGCGACCGCGACCUAACGCGGAGUCAGUUCGCGAAGCUGGCGCUCCUCCUUGACCCCACGAGCACCGACAAGUUCCCUUUCUCGGACGAAGCCCUCGUGCUAGCACGUGAGGCAUGGCACGUGCUCUCCGACCCGGAAAGGCGUGCCCUUUACGACCGCGAGUUCGAACAACGAAGCGGCAGUGACCGUAGAAAGGCGACGUUUUGGACCGGGUGCCCCUACUGUGGGAACCUGUACGAGUUCGAGAAGAGGUACGAGGAAUGCACCUUGCUGUGCCAGAAUUGCCGGAAAGCGUUUCACGGUGUGGCGAUGAAGCCGCCGGUGAAGGAGGGGGAUGAGAAAGGAGAGGACUAUUGGAGCCACGAGAGUGUUCCCUUGAGGUAUUAUGAGUUUAAGGAGAAGGAGGAUAAUAACAACAUGAUGGGUGAUGAAAAUGUCAAUGUUGUGUACAUUUCUGAUGAUGAUGAUGAUGAUGAUGAUGAUGAUGAUGUUGGUGAUGUAGGGUUGGGGAAGAUAGUGAUAGAGGUUGUGAAGGGUGAUGUGAGAAGUGAAGGGUGGGAGAGGGUUCAUCGUGUUCAGGUGAAUGAAACAGUGAAUUUGCAAGGCAAUGGGAAGCGGAGGAUGAGGAUUAAGACUGUGGCAAAGAAGGGUGUUUGGAACAGGAAUAAGAGAAGCAAGAAGGAAUGUGUUGAUGCAGAUAGUGACUUGGAUUUGGAUGUGGAAGAUGGUGAAUUGGAGUUUACACAAGGAGAUGGUGAUGUCUUUGUUGGGGUUCGGUUCAACAAGUGA